AUGUCAUCAUCUGCUAUGAAUUGGGCCAUUUCACUAUUUUAUCUUGCCUAUUUAAUCUUUGAAAUUCCAAGCACUCUACUUCUGCGCUUUUUGGGUCCGACUCGUUAUCUGUCGUUGAGUUUGAUUUUAUGGGGUAGCGUCACUGUCGGUAUGGCUUUCGUGAAAAAUUCUCAACAACUGCUAAUUGUUCGCUUUCUUCUCGGCAUGGUUCAAUCUGGCUUUUUUACUGGCACUAUCAUUUAUUUUUCAUUGUGGUAUUGCAAAAAAGAGCAGAUUAUGAGAUUUUCUAUUUUAUUUGGAGCAGUCUGUACUGCCGGUGUUUUAGAUGGCAUUCUGGCAUAUGGUAUCCGUCAUAUGGAAGAUAUUGGCGGUCUGAAGAAUUGGCGAUGGUUGUUCUUACUUGAAGGCUUGCCGAUCAUUCCACUCGGUGUUAUGACCUAUCUUUUUCUUGGCAGUAUACCCGAUACUGUUCAAUGGCUGGAUAAUUGUGAAAAACAGUUAUUAACGAAUCUUCUUCGAGAAGAUGCGGGCAACGUGGCAGUAUAUGUCAGUACUUGUGUUGCUUGUUGUGGUACAAUCUCUGCAUUCCCUCUACUACUCGCCUGGUUAACAAACAAUGUCGGUGGUCAUACAAAGAGAGCCAUGGCUGUCGGUUUUCUUGUAGGCAUCGGUCAGAUUGGCGGAGUUUUAGCGCCUCAGGUGGUGUAUCCUGAUGAUAGUGAUAAGCUACGAGAAAAUGACCGACGAAUUCAUUUAUCACUGGACGAGUAUAAAUAUGAAGCAGCUAUCACAGAACCCUGUGAUCGGCAUCCAGACAUACGCUACAAGUGGUAG